AUGGGCCUCCAGUCCAUACGAGCUCGUCAACACAAACUUCUGAGGACAAUAAAGUAGUUUGAUUGCCGACUAAGGAGACUCGACGUGUUUUCAGCACACCCAACCUCCUCCAGAAACAAGGCCCAUGGAAUACAAAGGCCACUUUAUCUGCUCUGCAUGUUCCGAUAUUAUUUCAAAAUAGCUGUCGUCUGGGCAUGUAAGUUGGUCUAAUAAUCUCUUUUGUAGACUUGAUGGCUCUUCUAGGAGGUCAUUGUAAUCUCAGACGGAAAAAUAUCCUCUAACUUAUAUAUAAUUGACAAUCUUCAAUUUCUUACCUCUAACUACCUGAGAAUACUAACUUAAAAAGGUGCUACUAUACAGGGGUGAAGAUACGAGUGUCAGAUGACAGUUCGAUCUGAAAACUGGGGUACAAGCCAAGAACCACACAGCGGAUGCGGCGGAGCAUGCGACUGAACCUAACAUAUUUUUGGUUAGCAGCCACCCUGACAUAUUCAAGGUCGUCAGAUUUACGAUAUUUAAAAUGUGCUGAUUUGCCAUGAACAUGGGUUCACCACUAUCGACAUCGUUCUCUACUCGCUGUCUUGGUGGCUGGUUCGAGUCAAGCCAAUUAGGAAGGCGAAUGGGCGCAGUGGCUGUCAGGGUUGAACAGCCCGUCUCUGUGUGGCAUACAAAAUCUGGUACCGACUACACAUAUAGUCGAGUACAUCAGAGAACACGCUUAUCAUGUGCAUGCGAUGUGCGCAUUCUCACAUGCAAUGCUUUAUCCACCAUGCCGAUUUUGGCAAAUCUCAUCGUAUGCUCUUGCGUGAAUGUUUUGUGAUAUCCUGCUGGUAGUUGUCGGGUAUGCGCGUGUGACGGACUACGACCAUGGAUAGCCUAAGUCUUCUUGUGUAACGAGGGAGGAAAAAACUAGGUUGACAUUGGGAAAUCUGUGCUCAGGACAAAUCAGCGCAUUUUAAAUAUCGUAAAUCUGACGUCCUUGCAUCUAUCACGUCAUGCAAAAAGUCAUGGGUUUGGAGGUUGCCAAUCGGCAUGAUAAAUCGGUCCUACUCAGAACUGAGGGUCAAGAUGCUAAGACCUCUCCUUACUGUGGCUUUCAUGGCAUUCUCAUCUAUGCCGAAUUAGUCUAGGUUGCAUCCUGCGUUGGAUUUCGUUCUCUCCGUAGUAAUUUAUACUUUGUGUGGGAAAGAAGGGUGGGGGUGAAAUCAGCGACUACUGCGAGUGGAGGCUCACAGACCGAACACCCUCAUCUGUUUAGCCCUCCGGUCUAGGACGGUUACCGGGAUGUGGUCUGAGCGAUAAGCACGGUUUCGCACAGCCACCAAUCAGAUCUGGAUGUCAGCGUGGUUCAAAGUGGAGGUAUCUGCCAGGUUCGUGGGUGUCUUCGGUGGGGGCCGUCAAUGUGCUGCUUACAAGUGUUUGCUACUUCUGUGGCCGUACCUGCUCUUGUAGCGGGCGGCCUUCAUGACCGGUCUGGUGUCCUUGUUCAAGAUCUCGCUGCCUAAAGGUCAUUCAUCCUUUUGCAGUGAGCCGUCCCAGACGCGCUGUCUGCUCGGGCAUACCUGCGUCCGCACAGCCGCAUCUGCCCAUGCGGCCACUUAAACGCGCCACCCCCUGUAACCACAACCUAAGCCACUGGGACACCACUCCUCGGAAAAUGCAACACACACUGACUGGGCACCACUUGAGCGUGGCCCACGAGCCUACAAAGCGGCGGUCACCACUGUCCUAGAGACUCUCAGGCAUGACUGGACGCAGUCAACACCAGCCUUGUCUUCGCCAGGGCCACUGCUGCCUGAGAGGACACCUCCGGGUUCUGUGCGCAAUAAGCCCCUCAUUCUGGUGCCUGAUUCUUUCUAAGAGGCCAAGUGAGAGGGAGAACUCCUCCCAAGUACCGUUUAAAUGUGGACGGUUUGAAUGCUUAGUGUUCCUGGUCGUAGGAAGUUUUAAUCUGCUGUCAAUGCGAAUGUUCGGAAGUCAGGAAAUAUUCCCCUUUUAUGCCACCAUUCAAGCUACCGUCUCUAGUCUGCUGGACUCAAGCACUUUUGAUAUUAUCUCAAAAUUUCUCGAGUAACCUGAAGAGAUUGGUUUUGUUUUCAAUCAUAACAUUUUAUCGUUCAAUCUGGUAAAGCCGCGUCCAGGGCAACGGAGCUGAGCUUGUAAGCAGUGGCCUUCCAAGCAUACUGUUCCCUGAACGUGCACCACAUCUGCUGGUUUCUCGGUCAAUGUGCCAACUACAGGCUGGCGCGGCCAUCGAAAAAAUAGCCAGAAGCAUAGGGAACAGGCAGUCUAAUCACAACGAUUGCGGGCAACGAUUAGACUGCAACCUUAAUGAUCUAAAUCACCAAAUUUAUGGACCAGAUAUGUUUUUCGCCUUGCGUAGUGAGUCUUUGCAAGGCAAAAUUAAUCAUUACCAUCAUUAUUUAUUGCAGCCAAAAACCUUUUAUUUUUUACAAGGUGUAAGAGUCGAUCAGAGCAGAUAAUAAUUGGAGUCCAAAAGAAGCAAUCGUGGACUCCAUUGACUAAAACUUCAGUCCCUUGCUGCACUUUUAUGAACAUCUUGACGCUCGUGCAGCCUUUCCCUAGGACAAAUGCUUUGGAGGCCGAAUAUUUUCUUGUGAACGAUGGACUUAACAUCUUCCUAGCCACAUUCAUUAAAAUGUACUAUGUGGCUAAGUGAACUAACUCGUUAAAGGAACGAGGUUUUGAAGAAACUUGGUUUUCUGGCGGUUAUAUAAAGACAGAACGCAUUAUCUUCGUAUUUAGAUUCAGAGCUAUGGGGACAAAAAUGUAAAUUUCCAUUUGCAAGACCUUAACAAGUUCCUGAUGGAAGGCAUUGCCCUGCCGAAUGCCAGGGAACACAUCUGUAGGGCAAAGAGAAAAGUCUUUCUAGACUCAAUCAUAUUGUUUUGCCCUGAUCAGUAUCUAAAACUGGUAGAUAUAUUUUAGGCCUGUGACAUACCCGAGGAACGUGGACUACAAACAGCCUGUUUAGGCGCGCUAAAAAGAUUUGAGAUAGAUGGACCCAGACAACGUCAAGGCCUUUAAUGCUGCUCUUGACCCCCAGACGGCUGAGGUGGUAACAUAUGCGACCGGAGUGUGAACAAACAUUGAACGUACGGCUAUUCAUUGCAGAGAAGCCUCUGCGCACCGACUUCUAACAAUCACAGCCUAGACAUGCUGUCAGGUCAGACAAAGUGUUCUAGUCUGAGACAUUUCUGAAGAUUUCCAGAAUGGUAAUCUACUGCGUCUGUGCACUACUAGAUAGUAAGCCAUCUAGAAAAUGUCACUAGACCUGAACUAGUGGGAAAAAAUACCUUGCAGCGAUGUCAUAUAACCGUUUUUGCUUUCAUUGAUGAGAACGUAUUCUGACUAUAAUUCACUUACCGGAGCACUCGACCUCGCGACCCUUUUAGGCUAGAAGGCUUAGCUUUGACCCGCUCGAAAUUAGUUUGUUGCGUUAGAGUUUCCAUGACGUCGACCAUUUGUUUCAUGGUUAAGGUAUAGUGCUCUCGAUUAGACUUUAUGUUCGUUAAUUUUAGUACGCACCUGGCUGCAGUUGGUCCAAAAGGGAACUUACAUUGUCUUCUAGACCUCAGUAUAGUGUGCAUCAUUCGUGGUCUUGUCUAGGGUCAAUUUCCGACCCGAAAACAUUUCCCAUUUCGUCCUUUUCUUAUCGGCAACCUCUCGGACUGUGGUGUGUCACUCACAGACCGAGUUUCUCUAAUCUUUGCAGCCAGCAACUGAUUGAUUGCCGUGGUGAGGCAUCUUUUCUGUAAUGAACAGUAGACAGUCUUAUCAUGGCCGAGGUGAGUAUAAAUUCCGAAAACCAUAACAUGGAAUCAAAUCUUCUUUCAACUGUCGAAACCCGUUGUUCGGUGAAAUAUUUUAAGGUGGAUAGAAAAUUAGUAAACUUUAUUAAGCGCGAACUGUGAGCAACCAGAUAUGACUUGGCGUUUAGCGUAUGCGCGCGUUUUUCGUACAUUUCGAAUUUAAAAAACGAGAGGUACUACCGUCAAGGGGGACUGCAAAUUCUAUACUCGGUUUUUCUGCCGUCCUCAGAGGACUGGGAAGGUUAAAGACACUGCAGACGGUUUAUCGAUCAAUGUGUGCAGGCUCGGGCGACAGCAACUUGGGGCUGUUCAAGGUCAUACGGUCGUGGCGUCGCCGAGGCAGUUUAAGUGCAGGGGGAUUACGAGCGCCCUGUACUAACUUCAUUGAUUGUUUUUAGUAGGGCAGCGGUCUGUAAAGCGGACGUCCGUAUUCAGUUCUGCAGUGAAACCAGACCAGUGAGAACUGCCUUAGUUGCCACUUUAAUUUUUUCAGCUCGUGGCUGAGUUUAAACUGUCUAACCAGCCUGUACGCUACUUUUGUAAACUUGCUGCUUCUUUGGGCCUGGUCCUACCAAAGUUGUCAUUCCAGUUGUUAGACUCUCACUGCAAGGAUUGUCGACUUUAUGUCGGGAUACUCAAUUUCCACCAGCAGAGGUGGCCCUCGGAGUCCUCCUUCCCUGCCACCAAGGGAUGUUUCCCUUCCGGUAGCACCAGAAAUCUGUUACUGGUUAUGAUCGCACGCACUAUUGCCGAUUGCUUGGGCAGUGCGAUCGUCCACAAGAACUCCUGCGUAAUCGAUAGGGCCAGCCUGACAGAGUGUGCCCAGUCCAGAUCCGUGAACGACGCCGUCACGUCGUAAGCUUACAUCCCAUUCUGCCCCUAUCAAAACUAAGACUUGUCAAGAUUAUGUGCAGGCUCUUUUUCUCUACCUUUCCGUGGACUUUUCAUGAUUUUCUUAGUGUGCAAAGUCCUUAUCCGAAUGGAACCUUCUUCAACGAGGGUCAAAUGGGUUCUGUAGGCCCAGCGUAUACUUUUCGAAAGAGUGAAGGCAUUUCAGCAGCAACAUUGGGUCCUGUAGCAUAUUUACCACAACAUAUAAGCUAAAUAGCCCGGAAAAUGAAAAUUUCAUUAUUUUUUCCUUCUACGUAAGUGAAUGAUAAAGCUACUGACUUCCAAGCCCCUAUUAGAGCAACUUUCUAGGGAGCUAAAAAAUAUUCCGUGUCUGACUUGAGCAGGUGAGAUGAGAAGAGCAAUAAACUGGGCCAAAGUCUGACAACACAGUACAUUCCCUCGGAUACAACAAUAAUCAUCUGCUGAACAACUUCUCAGAAUCUAAUCUACACACCCCACGCCGUGUCCUAGAGGAGCCCGUUCUUAGCUGCGAACCGGUCUGUCUGGUGGUCUCGCUUCCUUAUUGGCCUAUGUUAGCACGCCGACAAAUAUAAUCUACGGAGGAAAGUACAUACGCUGAAGUCCAAUGACUUCGUGGUAGACAGCAUGCGCAGAUGGUCGACCUUGACGUGUUGCUGCUGGCUGCAAAGGAAAUCGUGCAUGAGAGCUUUACCUCUCCCGUUGUCACCGUUGCCUCUGGUCUUAUGGGGGCGUCAGCUGUUGUGGCUGCUUAAGAGACGGUUAUCUAGCGCCCAAUGAAUUAGUCCCUUUCAUCUGUCAACCUCAAAGUUCUUCUCAUCUACGUUUGCGGGUCAUUUCUCGAGAGUACUCUUGUGUGUUUCUCAGGACAGUGCGUAUGUAAAGUGGCCUUGGAAUGGUCAAGAGGCCUAAAAUGCGUCUGGCAUUGGGGAGUUCUACUAGUGAUAUGAUUUUCCUUCGGAUACUGGGUACAGACGUGAGGCCUGCCAAAAGUACUUAGCUUUAUUGAAUUUGCUUUGUCAAGCGUUGGCAUUCCACGGCUGGGAGAGGGUUGCCUGCAAUAUUGAGGGUAGUGCUGGGUCUUCGUGAUUAGCCUUUUUGGUAUGUUUACGGGUUGAGACAGCUUUCUCAGUUUGGACAAAAUAGGCGGCAUCACAGUUGGCACGUGGGAUUUUGAGGACUAACUUUUUCUGUUGUGCUAGUCCACACUUUUCGUAGACCGUACAAGCUGUGUGCGUAAGGUAUUUUUCGGUUGGUGUGCUAUGUGAAUCUGAUGUUUUUCAGCUACCUUUCAACUAGCUUUGAUACUUUUUUCACGUAUGGGAGCGUCUGCCAGAUGACUGUUUUUGGUGCCAGGGCAGCCCUAGAAUUGGAAAUACUAUUCCCCUUGAAUUAUCGGUGCCUCUUGCACUGGCGUAUAAAGUCAUAUGGGUAACCAUUUUGGGAAAGUAGUUUGCAGGGGCAUUUCAUUUCUACUCGAUAACUUUCUUCUUUAGAGGGAUGCUUUUUGGCUGGAUUCAAAGGGCUGAAGACUACUGCGUUAGUGAGAGAAAAUGUAGGACGACUUCUGAAAAUGCCACUUUGUGAUAAACUAAUUAAGUGAUUCAUCGCUUGUCUGACUAACAACGACAUCCAGAAAAGGGAGUUGUCCAUCAACCUCCGUUUCGAAAGUGAACUUGGGACCUGAAAAUAUACAUAUAUAAAUUCGAACAGGUCAACAGUGGGAACAGUCGGGAGAGGGCCCCCAAACAUCUGUUGCCUAGAAAGAAUACCUACUAUAACUAUAGCUAUUAGCUAUAGGCUGAUAGCAAUAGCUAGAGUAGGUUCCACUGAGGCUCCACUGAGUCGAUACCAUUUCAAGGUGUUUACUUCGUCUGACGACGGGUCAGACGGAUGUUUUGCCAAUGCUGCUGCUGCUACCGUUGUCGUUGCUGUAAGUUAUCAAUACUAGGGUGCACGGCUCAUCAGUGGGUCUGAGAGUCUUUUUUGAGUGGUUGUUGGCAAAUAGAUAGCAAGUAUGUACGUGAGAGCAAGACUUCGAGAGAUUGCAGGGAGAAGACUUGGACAUAGUUACUGGAGACGUGUCCGGCUGUUCAGCCAGUAUCUAUGCUGGAGUAUUCAGGCUGCGAUGGCUCCUGCUUACUGUGGCCUUUAUGGCACUCCCACUCAUCUGCAGAUGUAAGUUCAUUUUAGUGAAAUCGGGAUUUAUGGCGCGCUGGCCAGGCGUGUGCGACACGCGCAGACGGAUGUUUUUUUACCUUUUGCAGACAAUGUACUCGAGUCCGCCUCCGGUUUUAUGGACUCUGUCUUGACACCGGGAUCCGGCAGGUGAAAGAGGAUAGAUCGCGGUGGAAGCAGCACAAGUCUACUAUCACUACAAGUAAUUUCACGCGCAAGUCGCUACCCUUGUGGACAUCGUCUCAUACGUCGGUUGACCUGCCAUAUCCUGAGUUUUAUGUUGAGUACAAUGCCCUGAAUGGUUCCAAGCCAAGUGUUUUAACCGAAUGAACGUCUGGCUAGCUUUAGAAAUCUGACUUAUGUUUUCGCCAUCUAUCUUUAUGUUUCAUGAAACUGCACUUCCAAUACAAAUUAAUGUGGCGAGUUUUUCCUACAUUGAUAUGGAGUUCGGUGUAGUUAGUAUGUGGUGCCGGUUGAUGCAGGAUUACCGGCCUCGCCGUCCCGAUGGUCAGUCUGGAGUUGGAGCAGCCUAAAAACUAGAAUUCCAUCUCUAAAAUGCUUCUAAGGGACGGAUGUUAAGCAUUUGUCCGUGGGUUCGUUAAAUUCACAUUGAGACCUGGUCGCUCCUCACGGCGGACAUCCAUCAGCAUUGCGGAGAGCAUGAAAUUGAGAAGGAUAGGAGCGAGUACAGAGACCUGUUUCACCCCACUAGCCACCGCGAAUGCCUUAGAGCCUAAUGCGUUUUCCUUAACGUGAGUUGUCAUUCUGUCGUAAAGUUGUUUCACCAUUUAUUUAAAUUGCUCAGUACAUCCGGAUUUCAGCAUGAGUCUCCAGGUUCCCGCGAUUCACUGUGCCAAGCUUAUUCGUCAUAUCGGCGAAGUUGAUCUAGAAGCUAGUGCCUAUUUCCUGACAUUUUUCUUGCAGGAAAGGGAAGUGCUCACCGGAUCAUGGGAAUUGUUUGACUGACGUUUCAAAGAGCUUGGGCGGCUCUCCAUUAUCAAAGCGUCUAGUGCAAAAAUCGAUCAGAAUUUUGAAUAGACAGCCGAACUAAUUGCCCUUGGGUUGGUCGAUUUUUUUCCUUCUUUAGCUGCCUUGGCCUACUGGCCGUCGUUUGUGAGUGUUGGUGGCCUCCUGUUUUGUGUGUCUUCAGCUCAAUCGGGGUUAGUUGGGUUUGUGUCCCCCUUUUGGGUAAAUUGGCCGACAGGCCGUGUUUGCUCCGUAUUCUUAGGCUUUGAUAAUGGAGAGCCGCCCAAGCUCUUCGAAAAGUCAACCAAACAAUUCCCAUGAUCCGGUGAGCAAUUCCCUUUUCUCAGGUUAUCGACCCGGAUCUCUUACUUUUGCUAACCUGAAUUCUUCUUGCAAUUUGCGGGUCACAAAAAUCAUGUCCGUGGUUUUGCGACAUUUUUAAUAUCCGCUCUGCGUUUGUUGCAGAAGUCCCUGCUCCAGAUGAAUGACCAGGCGGUUGAGUGGGACAGGAGCGAACAUUUUGUCUGCGAAGUUGAAAACAUUGAUGUCCCUGUGAUUAUCACAGGUUUGUCGAUUCCCCAUGCUUUUAUGAAUGUGGAAAAUGGUGGCAUCCUUAACGUUUUAAGAGAUCCACCAUUGUACCCAUUUCUCCUUGAAUAGAUAAGUCAGCUUAUCCAAUGAAUUGUGGGCCGCCGUAUUUGUAAACUUCGGCUAGAAUUGUGUCGUCCUCCGGUGCCUUUUAACUGGACAGCUGUUGCACUGAUCUGAGUGUUCCCGGGUGGAAAGCGGACGGCCGAGGUCGUUACUGGAAUUGAGUUGAGGAAAUCUGAUGACGGUUCGGCCCAGCACUACAAGACCCCUGAUUUCUCCCUCAAUAUGGUUGUUCAAUCCUGGUCAAGUCAAGUGGAGGGAUCCACUUGGCUUAACGGCCGUAGGGUCCUCUGAUGGCAGUAGUGUAAUUCUUCAUCUCACUGCAAUCGGUAUAUCCCUGGGUCUCCUCGGCACUGAAUGUCAGCCAGUCGUUCUGCAUUCCACUCUGUCUACGUAUUAGACAUCGACAUCGAAAGUAUGCGGCCAUACUGACGUCGUUAUACUAUCAGCAUAGGUCGUGUGUAGCCCAUGUUUCUCGUAAAUCAAAUUAAAAAUUUCCUUGUCAUGUUCUCCAACCCCUCCCGGUGCUGGUGUUUUGUUCGGCCAAAGGCGUUCCUCGUAAUGACCUAAAUGGUAUCCCACAGUUUCCUGUAAUGGGUCUCCAUAUUGGUAUGCGCCUCCAGGAUUUACAUUUAUUCCAGGUUGGGGUUCAUACAUCUGUAAAAAUUCAAUUGGCGUCCAGUUACGUCAAGAAAUAGAGUAUCUAACUUACCUGAUUGUCCCCUGAGGGUCUGCAUUUGGAGCCUCAUCUUUGGCGUGACAAGGCAGUGAUCCGUCCGGAGGUCUGCACUUCACAUUGCCCUGACUACUAGCACGUCACGCUGAUCCGAAUGAGAAUGCUGUUCAGCACCAACGCCGUCUUCCCUCGGAUCGAAAAAUGGAGUCAUGGGAAGACUGUUCUAUGCGGGUCUGCAGGGGAAGGAGGUUGUUGCUGCUACAGCUGCCGAUCUCAUGGCCGACGUGAACUCCUCCCCAGUUAGCGUGGUUCUGUGGCAGCCGCGCCAGAAUCUACGACCAGACGACACUGGCUGACACGUUGGCCGGUGUAGCUUGUCACCUUUGGCAUUUCGCCCCUCGUGCUCGUGCACCCCAGUCCCAUGUAACAACUAGUCCCAUGACCAACACUCAAGAAACCACUUGCUCAUGCUUGUGAGUACAUUUCACACCACGCUUCAUUCCGCUUUUCACACGCUCCCGAACGGACGUUCUUUCCUGGCCCAUAAGCAGACCGUCAGUUCGCGGCAACCUACCCUGUGUGAAGAAUAAAUCAGCUGUCACUGCUCUCUGACUCCUGUUAUUACAAGGGACGGAUUUAUUGUGUGUGGUCUUAGUUGAUCUGGUAUGGUCUGACCCCCACAGUCUGUUCCAGCGUGGACAUCGAAAUCUCCAUGGACAACUGGCUUUCCCGCCUUCAGUACAGCUUCUAGGAGAACGUGUAUAUCCUCGUAUAAUUCGUUCUUCACGUAAACGAAAAUGGUCAUUGGAGAUGGAACGCAGGCCCUAGUGACAGUGGCACAUUUGAUUCCGCGAAGAGUCAGGCGCACUCAUGAAGGAGCCACGGCCGCUGGAACAAGAGCUUUAUUCGCCUGACGUCUCGGAUUCCCUCUCGGCAUCGAAGCAAUAUGCGACCUCAUCCAGAAUGCGGACGAUAGGUCAUCGGGUCUUACGGGACCGGUGGAAGUAGGGGUUAUAUGUGUGGGAUGGAUGAGAAAGAGAGCGGUAAAAAAGGAUGAAGUUCUGAAAAAAAUGUUCCAAUUACGUAAAUAGGUUCCAAUAAGUCCGUGCAUGACCCUAAAAGCGACCCGGAAAAUUGAAUACCGGUGAAAUUUAACACCAAAAACCAAUGGAAGCUAAAUAUAGCGCCUCCAUAAUAAAACGCCAAGUUCAGAGACAAGGGCAGCGAAAUAUCAAAUAGAAACCCAAGGACUAAUGACGUUGGCGAGCCCCAUAAGAGUAGAGUGGAAACUUUGACCCAGCGACACGACAUAUUGAAUCAGAACAACGGAACACAGGGAAGCCGCCAAGGUGGCCAACAAAAUUAAAGUAUACCAAAUCAGCGUGUAUACCAGCUGACAAAGAAGCUGAAAGCGAUAUUUAAACGAAAAUAUACAUUGGUCAGUGUGCCAAAAUCAAACAACAAUACUUUCAUAGGAAUCGGUAGGCAGUAAUAAGUCAUAUGCAAAGUUGGGUCGUAUAUUGAGUCCCUUCCUUUUUCUCUAACCCAUCAUCAGAGACGAAAGCAGAUACGGGUAUUUCAUGCACAAUGGGCAACGGUAUUUAUGGGGCGCAGCCACCAUGCCACCGCACACCUAUUAAAAUCCAUGGCUCCACCUUCAUCAGGGACUUUUACACUUGGUGUGAUGACUGUUUGAUGGCCGACAUUCUCGUCGUUAACCGACGUAAUUUAAUCACGGGUGUCGAGUGUUUAUAUGAUGAUUGCUCGACGAUCUGGCCCACCAACCCUGGCGUUUGGAACAGUGUUCGCCUGUGCGCACUGUCAUGAUACAAUCAUUAAUAUCAUGCGUUAGGUAGGUCAAUCGUUUAACGAGGCGACCUAGAUUGUGAAGACACUUCCGGCAUCUCAUAGCUCUGCCUUUGAAUACCUGUACUAGACAAGGAUGUAUCCGACACCCACUGUCGCUAUUUGUCCGCUUUCAUAACGUUGGACCCUGCUGAAUGCCCCAGUGUCCAUCUUUGACGAGUCAGUUCGCGGACGACCCGUGUUGUGUUCCUGUCGGGUCGGUUUGCCAACUGGCUGCUCAUAUUUGAACGGUUCCCCUAAAACCGGCUAUGCAGUUGAUACGCUGAACCAGCAUGUGGUCAAGUCGGGGCAUGGCAGUCGUUAUUGAGGAUGCGCACUCAUAAACAUGCUGUACAUGUGGGACGUAACGGUACACCUAUGUGCAGACUCGGACCGCGCGAGCCAUCUGCGCCCGAUUCCGCCUCCGGUCUUCUGGACUCUGUCAUGACAGGUGGUCCAGGUGUGAGGUUAGGAGAGAGUGCAGUAGAUGUAACUAAAGUCUACUAUCACUAUGCAUUAGUCCACGCGCAAGUCACUGUCCAUGAGUCCGCCCCGCUGUGGGGCAGACGGUGGAUAUCAUCGGAAUCGACGGUCGGAUUUUCGAUAUAAAUGAACGAACAGUUCAUCGAGUAUUAUCCCUCUUUCGACCUAUGGCAAGGUAAGGGGAUGGGGCUGAGGGUGGUUGUUGUUUUUUAUACCGCAUGAACAGCAUAUUUGGCGUCCAUGGGCCCAGGUCUGUUUGCCGACGGUGCUUUUUACCUACAUUUGAAGGUACCUCUUCUAGCUCACGGAUCCGCAAUGGAGUAAACAGUGCUGCUCAUCUCAAAAGGUCGUUGAAUCCAAUUAUUGGUCACAACUUUUUUUAGUGGGAAUAUAGUUCGAGUUAGCAUCGGCCGCCUACGGGGGUAACUUUGCCGAUAGAAGCGAACGGGCGAGUUCCAUGAAGCAGUUCAGAAGAAGAUGCGAUCACUGGAACAAGAAGUUAAUUGGUCUGACGUUCCGGAUCCUCACUCGAACGUAUCACCAGGAACGGUUGCCGAUAAAAGUAGUGGAAGGAAAACGACUGCAAAUUUUAUAGUACGUAGCUGUCGGGGGUCCACAGGAGUGUUAUAAUUAACAACUCUCGUGAUGACCGCUGGGGGUCGUAGUUAAAGCGAUGAUGGUCCGCCAGUUCACGUCCGAAUUGUUAACUGUCGCAAUUUCAUCAUCCGUGUUGUAUGUUGGCAUGGUGAUUAAUCGGCAAUUUGGCUCGCUGCCACCUGGAUAGUUUGGUAUCCGCGCCUUCCCUACGUAACUGAUUCCCCUGCUCAGGGAAUAUCUCACCGCCGAAUAUGGUUCAGGGAGGUCAUUGCGCUUGUUGAUGGACUGCGGGCCUGAGAACCAUGAUUCGAGUGGCUAGCGUCUCACGAGGUUGUCAGCUCUUGCUAGGAUCUCGGCGUCGUGAUACUUGAAAAUAUGGUCGGAUUCUGUGGAAUGAGUUGUUACCUGACAGCCAUAAUAAUAAUACCUAUUAGUAUUAUUAAAGACCCUUCGGGGUCCCAUCAAAGCAAGUAAAAAUAAAUUUACAUGCGAAUUUUAGACGAGGUAGGCAAAAUCUGUACAAAGUGCAAUGCAUAGUUUUUGAAUUAGAAGUCCGUUAAGAAAAAUGUAAAGCGAGGGGUAAAAAAUUCCAAAUGAAAAUAUAAAAAUGAUUGGAUUAAUUUUAUAGGAGAAAAAAACCCCUCGAAAAAAAUAUAAACAGAAGAAUGCGGGCAGGACUGGCCUGCAUGUGGCAGUAUAGAAUGGAUUAUAGUCGGACAUCGUCAGGGCCGAAAUAGAUUUCAGCUGUAUAUGGCAUUAUAUAACGGAUUUCAUGAAGGGGUAAGUAGGCGGGUCGGUCAGGACUGGCCUGUAUGCGGCCUUGAAUAAGGCAAAUAAAUGGCGAAAUUGAAAACCAGUCUGGAGGCGAUAGGAACUUAGAUGCGGUCGUUUACAUUCAUCCGAGUACAUCCGAGGAUGGGGCAAGGGAGAUGCGACCAGACUACUAGUAUAUGGCGAAUACAGAAGGUUUCGCCAAGAGCGUCGAUGGGGCGCAUUCUGUGAGGGCACGAUGCAUGAACUGAAAAAUUGGAAAGAUUAACAUUUAUGGUGAGGAAUCUUGGGAAGCGAGACUACCCUGCCAGCACAUUGCCCCUUCAUAGGCGGGGCUGGAAGGGGCUGGGUGGGGCCAGAGCCCCGCCUGCCAGCACAUGGCUCCUUCAUAGGCGGGGCUGGAGGGGGCUGGGCGGGGCUAGAGCCCCCUCUGGAUUGAAGCCUUUUGAAGCGUAUUUGCAUCGAAAGAUAUGUUCCAAAAGCACCACAUAUUGUACCUUCUUUGGAAUUUAAACGAGCUAAUGUAUCAAAAUUGGCUUAUAAACCAUGGAGAAAGCAUCCGUUUACGCCCACUGAAUGUAGCUGCGGAUGAGCACAAUAUAUUGAGGUUUUGUUUAAGUCCCUCAUUGCUUAAACUCUUAUUUGUCCACCGGUUUACAAUCUGUGUGUGUUAUUAAUUCGUAUAUUUGACAAUCGGGACGAUAUUUUAAAGUGGUGCCAAAAGUGGGCUGGGAUGUGGCGUCCCCUGCGCAUUUUUUUUCGCUGGCGGGGCUAGGCGGGGCUAUCGCGUUGCAUGCCCCGCCACAGCCCCCUCCACAGCCCCGCCUAGCCCCCUCAUAGCCCCCUCUAGCCCCGCCAUUAUUGCGGGGGCCAGGCGGGGCUAGGCGGGGCUGGUGCUGGCAGGGUACUCAUAAAGGAAGGAAAUGUGAACAGAUACGGAAAUUUAAUGGCGGCAUACCAAAUUCCCGAUGGCCCUUUCUCAGUGUCAUAUAAAAAGUUGUCUGGGAAGGAUGAGGAAAAUAAAACUUAAAUCUAGUCAGUAUUCAGAUAAAUGCGUAGCCUUCUCUUAAAGGUGCGUAGAUUUUCUGAAGAUCUUAUAUUUAUUGGAAGGUUAUUCCAAAGGAAAGUAUAUCUGGAAGCGAAAAAAAGGGAGCGCUUAGAGGUGGAGGACGCUGGAGGAGGUAUGGUGAAGGACGAGUUGCGAAGAUUGUAUGGGCGACUACUAGGGGUGAGUGCUGAAUCCGAGGAAAAUUUGAACUAUGAUUAAUGCGAAAGAGGAGACAGAAGCCCGAUUAUAGUCUUCGAACCCAUAAAAGUUUUAGAUUAAUUAGCUGGCAUCUAUCUGAGUAGGAGAUAUUGCGAUGUUCCUUGUCUAAAAGUUUUUUAGAAAAGCGUCUUUGGACAUUUUCAAUUUUUAAACGACUGGCUUCAUUCAUCAAACCAAAGAAUGGGCAAAAAUACUCGAGAAUGGGAAAUACAAACAUAGGGUAGAGCAUUAAUUUAAUUUCGGGAAGAUCGAAAUUGUAGGAAAUAAAGCCACAAUUCUGGGCAGCUUUGGCUGUAAUUCUGUCAGCGUUUGGCGAGAGAUCAAGAUUACUAGUGUAGCUUAAUCCUAAAUCCUUGAUGGUGGUACAUCAAGUCAUAGGUGUGCCUUGAAAGACCACUGCUUGGGGUAGCCUAUCAGGUCCAAAACACAUAUCGUGACAUUUAGACGGAUGUCUUUUCUCUUCACCGCUGCUGCGUAUCCAGUUAUGCGCGUCCGGAGUAAUUUCCCAGUUUCUCCGACUUAUUUCCUCUGUCCGCAACUGCACCAGAUACGGUAAACGACUCCACACGUUUCUUGCCUUGACAGCAGGUCUUUCGGCCUCAUGACUUCGCGCCUGAUGGUUGCUUCCGGUCUGUGUGCAACCCCAACUCCAAGUAGAGUGAUAAGGCGACUGACGGCUUCCGAGACGUCCCUAACGUACGGAAGCGCCCGCUAAAAUUUAGGGCCGGUCGGAUUUAGUUUCUCGAUUCGUCUGAGUACACAGUGGUUGACAAAGUUGCGCGGGUAGCCAUUGAUUCUCAGUAAUCGUCGAAGAUAUUACAACUCAGCAAGCUUGUCUCCUGUUUCACUGCAGUGCGUCUCAACGCGCCGGUAUAGCAGCCUUACGCAACUGCCCUUGAGACUGGGUGGUUACUGUUGAAAUUCAGUACAUGCGUCGUAUUUGUUGCUCUCCUGAACACUUUGGUAUUUAAACCAUCAUAAUCUUUGCUGCAGACAAAGACAUACAGAAAGGCCAGCUGGUUGUUCUCUUCCUCCUCUAUCGUAAAUUGAACGUCCGGGAAGACAGCGUUGAGAAGUUCUUUGAAUGUCAACACCUGAUACCGCUCGAUGACGACGAAUGCAUCAUCCAAGUACUAAGCCCGAAAUUUUGGUCUGUGGUAUCGAAAAAUUAGUGGCUCCAACCGUUGUAUGACUUCCUCGGCUAUGAGUCCUGAGAUCGGCGAACUCAUUGGCGUUCCCUUCACCUGCUCGUAUAUUGUUCCGUUAAACGUAAAGUAGGUCUUAAAAAAGAACUUCAGGAGUUGGACGAUUCGCAAGUGUCCAAAGCGAUUCUCCGUUCCAUCGUAUUUUUCUCAUAGGAGUAGUCCGAUGAUCUCGACUGCCAGGUCUUGCGGAAUAGAAUUAAAAAGGGAUGUGUCAUCAAAGGAUACCAUGACGUGGCUUGACAGGAUACUUGUCCCUUUAAGUUUCUCCAGGAAUUGUUUUGAUGAGCUGACUUUGGUAAUCGAAUCGGAAGUCAGAAACUUGGGACGUCGAAACAGUUACUUUGCCGGUCCGUAGGUUUGUGUACCUUUUAGCGAUACAAGUUGCCGGAGAGGAGGGCUCUCAUUGUGCACUUUUGGGAGACCGUAGAAUCUGGCCAGGGCUGUUUCUUGUGCUCUCGCCACGCGUCGGUCGAUCGGGCUAACUUUAUUUUGUGGCAGGCGUGUGGGAAUAAGUGCAGAUAAUAUCGAUGGGAAGAUACCCACCAGACAUCCUUGUCCGAUUUAGACCACCGCUCAAGGGCGGUUACCAAGGUGUGACCUCCGCCUGAUCAUGGCUUUGUAAAACCGCGAAUGAAAGCUGGGAUCUGAGACCGGGCGAUGAAGAAAUAUUCGCCAUGUUCACCGAUGCGUUUGGUGGAACCAUUCGUUUAUUGCUUAUAAGAGCUUGCUGUGACCGUGGGCAUGGUUUCACUAACAGGCCCGAACGGCGUCGCCUUUACUUUACCCUCAUGAGUGCUAAUUUUCGAUAGAGUAGCUGCGGUGACGUAUUUUCGUCACUGUGAAUUCAUGUAAGGUCCGUACAUCCAAAUCAGUGAUCGUGGAAUGACCUUACCUCUUUAACGUGAGUACCUGUCCAACUUUGCCCAGUGCACCCCCCACUGAUCUAGGAAAGUGGGUUUUUCAUGUAAAACGACUGACAAUAGAACGAUUCCUAAACAACAAGAUAAGAAAUCAGAUUCCAGACAGUCCUGGACAACUGUUUUCCUACUAACCAUUUGCAUAAGACACGCUCCUGGGGACUUGACGUAUCCAAAUGAUGUAACCGGUUGGUCCGAGGUUCAGGAGAUCUCUUUCAAUCAAUCAACCGACGCAGCAGUGCUGACUGAGUUUGUUUAUUGCAUGAUACGAGGCCUGCGGAUCAGAUUGACGGAGGUGCAGACUUAUCUGUGAGGAAAAACGAGUCAGGAACGAACGACUCUUUAGGAACAGGCUACAACAGGUUUACAUCGGAAGUACUAGUACCAAUGCGGGGAAGGACUACCCAUAAAGACAAGGGGGACUGAGAUGUCAUUUCCGGGUCAUUCGCCGACCUCAAGUAGACGGACCCAACCCCGUGUCUGGAUUAUUUGGGAUUCGAGCACAGGUUCUUUUGGGGGUUGAAUUUUAGAGAGUCCAACUCUCUAGCAUUCAACCAUGGGCCCCUUGUCUUGUCGCUUAAUCCAGCAUAAUUCAGUAUAUAUGAGGGAUAGAGGCAGAGACUUGGAAAACCCUAUUUACAAUGGAAUUUUGAAAAAAAACAUGCAGAUAUUUACAUAUCAGUUAUACCAGUCAUUGCCUCAAUCCAGUCUGGGGACCUGUGGCAGUUCGCGAUUUCUUGUCCUCCGCCUUUUCCACGCUGCCUUCCAGUCUGUCUCACACUCCUUGUCGAUAGGCCUCUGGGACUCGCGAGGACGGUCCCCUGAUUGUCUGGCGGACGCUGAGACAACGAAAGACGCACACACGCGCUGGGUCUUUGCACCUCGAAGGAGGACACAGACAAGACAACCUUCUUUGAGAGCGCGCCCGCGGCGACUGCUUACAGAGCCUUUGUGUAUUCACUUCCAGCAGUAAAGGUUGUCUAAACCCAGUCCGUCUUCCCUGACUUUUGAUUUCCGAAUCUUCCUCCUGUCGACCACACCAGCUUCGACUGACCCAGUUCGAUAACCACGAACAAAGACAGGUGUUCUGACGGGAAGUUUCUUGCGAGAGACAGUAGAAGUUGUCCGCGUGGACUGUACGCCGACAGGAAUGAGUGCUUAAACCGUUGCACGCAGUUUUCGGCCCAUCAAAGCUUCAGCAGAAGAAACGUCACUAGGGGCCACCGGGUUCGGAAUUGUCUUGACCUUGGCCUGAUCCACAAGCACAGCGGAGAUCUGCACCUGACUUCAAACAACGCGGAGCGGCAUAUCGGCCAAACCAAGUUGUUCAAACCAGUCGAAACUAAAUAGGUUGAAAUUAAGCCUGGUGACGUAGCAAUUCGCAUUGGUGCUGGUACCGCGGAAUAAUACAUAACGUUGCAGUUGCCCCAUUAACUUGACGAGAGCAUCGCACGUGUUUGUGGCGGACUGGGGAGUCUGCUGCGUCGAGGGGUUGCCUAUGGACUACCAGAGUCUCCUAGAGGUGAUGAUGAUGUCUGUGGCUGUGCUCAACUGUAAGCUGACUCCGUGGCUAUUGAGCAGAACGUCAACAAACUUUCAACGACCAGCUGCAUUUUGCUUGGAAGCGGUCAAGAGACCGAGAGAAUUUCCAGUGGACUGGGGUUUGGACUUGUGUUUUGACCGAAAAUGGGUCUAGAAUUAGGAGUGGUGGGGCAGGUAUGCUUUCAGAUGCUGGUGUUGAUUUGCAGAAUCGAUCAGGGCGUCCCACCUGAUUGCAGAUUUUGCAGCGAUGCUGGCGAAAAGUUCGAUCCCGGUGGAAAUGCCACGCGCCGCAGUGCCGACAAUGAGAUGGCGGUGAUCUCGCCUUGGACACUUGCUUGGGCCGCAUAACAGGAUUCGAUUUGGCCACUGAGACCCAGUGGGCUGAGCAGAAGGUGGCAGGGUUCUGUAUCAUGGCGGAGUCGCGCUUGAGGUUAAUCAGCGUUUGGCAUUACGCUGCCAGUUCUUGGAGGGUGAUUGAGUCGUCUUAUUGUACUUUGGACAGGAGACGUGUCCGGAUGUCUGUAUCCUCAGAGGACUGGAGGCGGCGGAUAAAUAUAAGGCAUUUAAACUGGUCUUCAAUGAGAGAACUGAGUUAAAAACGUCCACACUCACGACUGACAAUGACCGCAUACGUGACGAAAUCAUGAGAAUCUCGUUUGUAGAGUUGCAGGCAUUGCAAGAAAGUAAAUAUAAUCCCCUUACAUAAAGUCGGCGAGAGAACAGCCCCAAAUAGGUUCAGACCAGUGAGUCUCACAAGCGUCUGUUACAGAGUGAUGGAAAAGGUACUAAAAACGAGCUGAUGCGGCAUAUUGAAGAAAACAACUUGCUCAGUUUGCAUCAGCAUGAAUUUCGAAGGGGUCGAUCCUAUUUUACUAACCUGCUAGUAUCUAUGAAGAACUAGACGAAAUCAAUCGAAAGGGGUUUAUCGGUCGACGCCGUGUACUUUGAUUUCAGAAAGCUCUUUGUUAAUGCUCCACACAGACUACUUAUCUUUAAACUACGUCAAAUGGACGUGCAUGGAAAUCUGCUGAAAUGGUAAGCCGAUUUUCUUACGGGCAGAUCUCAACGUGUGUGUCUCGACACGCUGAGUCGAAAUGGCAACCGUCAACUGUGGCCUUAAGCAGGGGAGCAUUCUGAGUCCGUUUCUGUUCUUAAUAUAUGUGAACGACUGCCUGGAUUGCCUGAACUACGAGCGCAUAAUGUUUGCCGAUGAUCUCAAAUUGUAAAAAUCAAUAAAGGAGCCGGAAGACUCUCUACAGUUACAAAAUAAUUUGAAUAUUCUGCAACAAUGGUGUGAUGAGUGGUGUCUUAACCUCAAACUUAGCGAAUGCCAACUUAUCCUAUUGCGAUCUACCAACAGGAGGCCGUUAAGAUUUGAAUCUCACUACUUUAUAGGGGGUCGCCAACUCAAGUCAAUCAAUGAGUUAAGAGACCUCGGCGUGUGGAUGACGUCAACUCUCAAACCAUCGUCUCACUAACACAAGGUAUCAAAGAAGACUAUGGGUAUCCAAGGCGCAAUCGGGAGAUUCUUCCUCAAUUUUGACGAAGAAUUUUUUGGCCGAGUAUUUGAACAUUUUUUCGAUCAAUGUUGGAAUAUUGUGUUCAGGCAUGGUGUCCCUGGACAUAACAAGAUUACAUCCCGUUGGAGAACGUGCAACGAAGAGCAACCAAGUUGGUCGACGGAUUAAAUUGCUAACUUUGUGAUAGACGCUUGGAAAAGCUGAAAAUAUUUCCUCUCUCUUAGAGACAAUAGAGAGGGGAUAUUGUCGUGGCCUUCAUUAUCGUCUGAGGGCCAGACUGUGCUCUUCAAUUUGACGAUUUCUUCCAACUGGUGCGGAUGACCAAUCUUCGAGGUCACUAAUACAAAUUGAAGAUAAAAUAUGCCAAACUUGAAUUGCGGGCCAAAUUCUUCUCCCACCAGCUGGAUGAAGGAUGGAACAAAUUGCCAACUCCAUUGUUCUGACGGGAAACGUUAACAGCUUCAAAAAAAACUAGAUAAAUUUAUGUAUGAUGGUCAAACAUUUACUGGAUAUCGAUGACUGGCAUAACUGUUAUGUGAAUAUCUGCAUGUUUUUUUCAUACGUCUAUCUGUAAAUAAGGUUUUCCAAGGCUCUGCCUAUGUCCCACAUACAUACUUAAUUAUGCUGAAAUCGAGUGUUGAACAGGGAUGACUGCUCACCAUAAGUCUGUGACAACGUCUGCACCGUGCCCGUGAAGAUGAAUGGACUGAGUGAAAUGCAAAUUUAUAACAAGGGAUUGCUGAAAACUAAAUUACGUGCAGGGGUGCAGUCUAUUUCAGUUUAUUAAGGGAUAGAUAUGUGCUGAAGUACUUGGCUACUUGACCUUUGACAAUCUUGUCACGUUGGUUUUACUGUAUCAUUUGUUUUAACGUGACGAAUACGCCGCCGCUUGCAUGCUCUCUGAUCAAGCCGUUGCACAUUUUGAAUAUUAACUUUAUUCACUUACUGACCUUCCUUACCUCUCUCCGUUUAUGAGGUUAGUAAGCCGUAGUUCGUUAGUUCGCGGGAACGACAUAACUUACGUCAUUGGUGACUUCCGACGUUAGCGCAGACUUAAGUUCUUUCCUUCUGGAACAUUUAAUGACAUUUAAAGUCCUGUAUCUAUUCGCUAAAUUUUAGUUCAUUUACAUUUCCCGCUAACCUUUUCACGAUAUUGUACUUCCUAUAUUUUGCUUAUUAUGUCUUCCUGAACUCAACAACCUGACGUUCCUGUCGAGUCUGUUCAUGCCGUCCAUUUCACUUUGCCUGAUUUCUGGCAACACGCCCCUGAACUUUAUUUUAUCCGCAUUGAGUCAGCCUUUUACUCCGCCAACAUUACGAAGGAGUUGUCGAAAUACCACAAACUUGUGGAGGUUCUCCCUGCCAAUAUUAUCUCACGAGUUCAACCCUUGUUAGUGAACCCCCUGCAGACGCUCCCUAUUCUGCUCUGAAGGCGGAAAUCCUUCGUCUCAAUGCUGUAUCUGACCGACAACGCUACCACCAGUUGAUCAAGGAGGAAUCACUGGGCGACCGGAAGCCCUCAGAACUUCUCCGACGAAUGCGUACUCUCUUAGGAGACAUGCAGGUCGACGAGAAUCUCGUUAAAGAGAUGUUUCUAGAGCGGCUGCCUGCAGAUGUCCAAAUGAUUUUGGCAUCCGGCUCGCAAGACCUUACACUUUCACAUCUUGCUGAAAUGGCAGACCGAAUGAUAGAGGUUCAACGGUUCCAGCCACCUUCCGUUGCUCAGAUUUCCACAUCCUCUUCAACGGUUAACGAGCAGUUACUGCAACAGAUGUCGGAUAUGGCGAAUGAGAUAGCCUCCCUAAAACUACAGCUUGCUCGCAUUACCUGUAGUCGCUCACCCAGCGGUCAUCGUUCACGUUCGCGACCUCGCACAGCCAAUUUGUGUUGGUAUCACGCAAACGUUGCCGCCAAGGCUCGCAAAUGUUCUUCCCCUUGUUCAUUUAGACCGAAACAGGGAAACCAGCCAGCCAGAGAAUAGACGCGACCGUUUUCUCUGGCUCUCCCAGCUCUGGUCGCACCUUUUAUGUCUGCGACAAUGUGACUCGCAGGCGUUUCCUGGUGGACACCGGAGCCCAGAUCAGCGUGAUUCCCCCCACUCCAGUUGACCGCCGCUGUCCCAGCCCUGGUCUACAACUCCAAGCUGCAAACUGUUCCCCCAUUUCCAAUUUUGGUAGUCGUUCCCUAACGCAAAACAUCGGUUUACGUCGAUCAUUCUCCUGGAUAUUUGUGAUUGCCGAUGUGCCUCAUGCGAUCCUUGGUUCCGACUUCCUAGCCGAGUUUGAUCUCCUUGUUGACUGUCGACGUUCCUGUCUCCUCGACCGCACAACUGGUCUUUCUGUCCGCGGUCUUACACCCUUUAAUGACUCCUGCAAUUUAUCUGUUCUGGACACAGGUAUUGCUUGCCCAUACCGAGACCUGCUCCUCCAACACCCCAACAUAAUCAAACCCCAGUUUCGCAGUGGUGAGAUCCAGCAUGACGUUGUCCACCACAUUCGCACUUCUGGCCCCCCAGUAUUCGCACGGCCUAGACGACUGGCUCCGUCCCGUCUGCAAGCGGCGAAGGCCGAAUUUGAGCACAUCCUUCAACUGGGCAUAAUUCGCCCGUCCGAGAGUCCAUGGGCGUCCCUUCUGCAUAUGGUGCCCAAGGCGACAUCAGACGACUGGCGGCCCUGUGGUGACUAUCGCGCCCUCAACAAUGCGACCAUCCCGGAUCGUUAUCCCGUCCAUCAUCUUCAAGAUUUUGUUGGAGCUCUUUUCGGCAAAUCGGUUUUCUCGAAGAUUGACCUUGUUCGGGCCUUCCAUCAGAUUCCUGUCGCUCCUGAGGAUGUUCCCAAAACUGCCGUCACCACACCAUUCGGCCUGUGCGAAUUUAUUCGCAUGCCAUUUGGUCUUUGCAAUGCUGCCCAAACAUUUCAUAGGUUCAUUGACCGAGUCCUACGUGGUCUCCCGUUUGUGUACGCCUACAUCGAUGACCUUUUGGUGGCCAGUCGAAAUGCCGAGGAACACAAAAAGCAUCUUGCCUUAGUGUUUGACCGCCUCGAUCAGUUUGGCGUGGUCAUUAACCCUUCUAAGUGUGUUCUGGGUGUGCCCUUCCUUGAUUUUCUUGGUCACCAUGUCGAUGCACAAGGUUUGCGUCUCCUCUCUUCAAAGGUUUAGGCCAUUCGUGACUUUCCUCCAUCAACCUCCAAGCGUCAGUUGCAACGUUUCCUUGGCAUGGUAAACUUUUAUCGCCGGUUCCUACCGAACUGUGCCGACCUUAUGCUGCCACUCACCAACUUGCUCUCUGGUCCCAAGGGUCCCCUUGAGUUACGUGGCCACGCGCUGACUGCCUUUGAGAGAAUAAAGACCUCCCUUGCUGAUGCUACCUUGCUCACUCAUCCUGCUCCAGAAGCCCCAUUGUCCCUGCUGGUUGAUGCUUCGACCGUUGCCGUAGGAGCAGUCCUCCAACAGCACAUCAACGACUCGACACGAUCGUUGACAUUCUUCUCCAAGAAGCUUUCACCUGCCGAGACGAGAUAUAGCAAGUUUGGCCGUGAACUUCUUGCCAUUUACCUAGCCGUAAAACAUUUCCGACACUUCCUUGAGGGUCGUGACUUCACAAUUUUCACAGACCACAAACCACUUACAUUUGCCAUCCGAUCCCAUUCUGACUAA